UGGACAGUUUGCCCAAUGUCACGGCUUCAGUGUAACACAGGCUGGCUCCCGGGGUUGAGGCUCAUUCUGCAGCAGGCGGAGCGAGGGACAGGCAGGAUGAAGAAAUUAUUUGUGUUUGCGCUCCUUCUCACCUUCCUGACCUUCUCAGGGGCCUCCCCGAUUCUGACGGAAAAGGAGGCCAAACAGCUCCUGAGAUCCAGGCGCCAGGACAGGCCGAGCAAACCCGGGUUCCCCGACGAGCCCAUGCGGGAGUACAUGCACCACCUGCUCCGCCUGGAGCACCGCGCGGAGGAGCAGUUCCUGGAGCACUGGCUGAACCCUCACUGCAAGCCCCACUGCGACAGGAACCUGGUCCAUCCCGUGUAAGGGGCUCGGGAUCCGCUCGGGGAGCCCUUUGACAACAUGGACCUGGAUAAUGGCGAAACAGGAGGAGGCUCCUUCUUGCAUUUAAUUUUUUCAGCUGCGGAAACGGAUGUCCGAUCAGACCUUACGACUGUGGCCAUGGCGAAGAUUGCUGUGGGGAUCGAUGGCAAACGCAUGUGUUGCUUCACUUUACUAACCUGCAUCACUCACUGAGACCAACUGCUUAAAGUAGUGACCCCCCACCCUCACCCCAGGGGCCUUCCUCCCAGUUUGGGAGGGUGGGCAGCACGAGAGUCUACUGCGGCAGAUGGAGCUGGGCCCCCAGAGCCUGGGGACAGGCUGCCUGCUCCCAGGACGUGGGGAGGUCUAGUUCGGCAGAGUGAAGCCCCUGGGGCCGCCAGGUGUGUGGUCAUCUAAUUUUCUCCUUCUCUUCUGCUCUAAUAAACAUCAGUGUUCAACCUGC